AGUGGAUGAAAGAGUAGAUGCGAUCAUCACGCUCCAAAUUUUCUCUCUCUGCAUUUUAUGCUUCCACCUCUUCUCUCCGCUUUUGCUUUCGACUCUCGGGUGCUGUAGAGACAUCUCUCCUUAAUGUUUUACUUGGAGAACUGAGGUAAAAACUUGGUUUUUAGGAGUGCGGCGAGAGUUUGGCUGAGAGAGGAGAGGGGAAAACUUGACAGUGUGGGUGAGUGAUCGAGCUAGCUUCAUGUUGUCUUACUGGAUUUGGCGGUUCUAGUUUUGUCGCGAGGGGUAGAGAUGUUCCGGAUAAGCGCGUGGGGUUGAAGACGAUGUCGUCCUACGACUAGAAAUAGUACCGAAGUUGAUCGAUUCUGCCCCCCGGCCUCAUCUGUUCUGAGAAGUUUUGGAGUUUCGUGGAAAAAGAUCUGUUUUUUUGGGGAUAAUCCAUCGAAAACGCCGUUGAUCGGCGAAAAAAAAAUCGAUCUUGAGUCGUCUACCAACCGCGAACCUCAUGGUCGUGACGCUGUCGUCCUACGACUAGGAAUAGGACCCCCUCGGCCUCAUCUGCUCUGAGAAAUUUCGGAUUUUCACGGAAAAAAAAUCUGAUUUUUGGGGAUAAUCCAUCGAAAACGCCGUCGAUCGGCGAAAAAAAUUUGAUCUUGGGUCGUCUCCCGACCGUGAACCGCCUGAUCGUGACGGAUUUGGCCUCGGACUGCUGGGGUCGUUCUACGCAGGAGCAACGGCCGCCGCCAUGGCGAGCUUGCCCGGUUCGGUUGACUACUGGAGGAAGUUCUUCCGGAGCGCCGACUCUGAUAUAUUCGGAGUGAUGGAGCACGCGAUCGUCGUCGCGGCGUCGGAUUACCCCGAGGAGUUCAGGAGCAGAAGGGAUGGGCUCGUGGAGAAGUUCUUCGCUGCGCUGCUGCCGCGGUGCCUCGGCUGCGACCGCGUCGACCCGCGAGGGGCAGAGGUAGAGGAGGGGCGUGGCAGCGUGAGGAGGGUCGGGGAGAAGGAGAACAAGGUGGACAGCAGCAACGACGGGCCCGAGUCGUCUACUAGGGUGGUGAGCAAUUACACGUACGACGAGGCGGAGGCGCUCACCGAAGAGAUCGAAGAGGAAGGCCAAAUCGUCGAAGAGGUGCUGAGCAUAAAGGAGAUCCUCGCCAACCACCAUGAGGAGUCUGAUAAUGUCCUGUUCGAGUUGUUGAGGCGGCUGCAACUGAUGGAACUUUCUGUCGAUGUUCUGAAGGUGACCGAGAUUGGAAGGGCUGUGAAUGGCCUGCGCAAACACAACUCACAGCAAAUUCGCCACCUAGUUCGCGCUCUGAUCGAUGGUUGGAAGGUUUUGGUUGAUGAAUGGGUCAGUGCUACCAGUGCCAUUGCUGAUAACUCUCCGGACUCUGUAAAUCCUUCUAUCGUGGAUGAUGAGGAAGGGCUUCCUUCUCCCCCAUUAGAUGAGGGAGCUCUAUUUACUGCUCAGACAACUUCCAUCCGACUCUCGGAGUUCUUUGAUGGAAUGGAUGAUGAUGGAAAUUUCAGAAAUAAUUGGGAGUUCGAUAAGAAGCGGCAGAAUAGGCGGAGGCCUACGGGCAAUUGUGAAACGGUAAGAAUACAACAACCUAUCCAACAAUUAGAUAUUGUAGAAGAGGAAAAUGUAGAGAUGAGGAGGCAAGAAGCACAGCGAUCCAUUUUGCCAGAAGAGAAUAUAAGGAGGCAAGAAUCACAACAGUUAGCUAUAUCAGAAGAGAAGCUACACAAUAAUAGACAAGAACUCGAAACGAGGCAGUCAAAGCCACACAAUAUCUCUAUAGAGCAAGCAAAGUCCCAAAGCAUCAUGAGCAAACAAAGCAAGCCUGUGAUUGCUGAAUCCGGGCCUGGCAGACCAGUAAAGUAUACCUCUGAGCUGAAUGUAUGCAGCAAGGUGAAACCUGGACCACGACAAGAUACUGCAACACUUCGAAGGAAGCCACCAAUGAUUCCACAAAAUGAACCGAUGUACUUUGAGGAGGCCUCGGUCAGGGCUAAGCUGGAAUUCGCAAAGCGAAAGCUUCAUGAAGGUUACCGACAAGCAGAAAAUGCCAAGAAGCAGCGGACGAUACAAGUUAUGGAGUUGCAUGAUAUUCCGAAGCAGGCACACAACAGUAGGCAGCCUAUUCUGAAAUCCAAAAAUCACUUUAGAAAUUGGGCAAAUGGGUGGCACUAGUUCUGUUAAUUAUCCAACCAGGUUGCAAAAUUGCACCUCCGGACCUUCCUUUUUCUUUCGGUGGAAGAUCUUCAACUUGCCGUGGAAAAUUGUAUGUACAAUCUGAACUCAAUUUCAAAGACUAAACCCAGAAAUUUUCCAUGCAGAUACCUAAGACAUCUUGAUCUCGUGCCACCAUAAGGAGUCCAAGAAGAGUCCCAUGGUGGAUUGUUAAAUAGAACUAGUUGUACAUUUCUGGUUCAUCUUAGAUAAAUUGCUGAAAAACAAUAUACAGAACCUGACUAACUAUCUAUUUCUGAAUGCAUUGAUUGGUUCUUGCAUUACAUCGGCAGUUAUGUUAAAUGUCGAUCUUUCAGGGUUGCUUUGGAACAAGAUGCUAAGCUUUGUAGUUCAAUCCAGUCUUCUCUUACUGCAUCAGUCUGGGAUCGACGAAGACAUCGUUACAUAUCAUAUUGUUUCUUGUUACUGACCCCUCAAUGCAACUAUGAAGCUAAACAUAAUUACUUUGUGAUUGCUUUUGGUUUUGGCCAAUCUCGUUCCAUAGUUUUUGCUCAUUGCAUGCUUGGGAAGAACAAUCAUGCUGUAAAAACUCUACCUAGAGUCAAUGUAAACUAUGUUGUAAUCAAUCUAGCAUGCAAAAAUACACACUGCAGGUGGCUCUGCUUCU